AUGCGUGUGCGGGUGCGGGCUGGCCCGGAUGCGGCCUUGAUGGACCUCGCGAUCCUUUGCAGGAUCCCCACCCUGUCGGAGCUGGACCUUAAAGCUGCUGCUUGGGUGGAAGCCAGAGGGUAUCACGCUCCGACGGGCCCGGCCGACUAUGCCAACAUCGUGCGGCGCGUGGCGUUUGACCUUCCGGACGCCGCAGUGGUGGACUCGCUGGAAAGGCUGAGGAUGCGGGCGGAGUAUGACCACAGGGUCACCCUUCCCAUCAAGUUUGUGCCGGUUGACCUCAAAAGCUUCUUUUCCGGGAAGCGCAACUGGGCGAUAACCUUCCAGUACUACCGACGCACUGGACCCCACUACAGGAACAAGCCCAAUGAGCGCGAGUGGAUCCAUGUGGGGCGUGGCACGGUGCUCCCG